CGUUCUCGGAGUUAGUUCCCUUUUCCCUUAUUAAACAUGGCGCUGGCCAGCGUGUUGGAGGGACCGCUACCGGUGAACCGGCGCGGGUUUUUUGGACUCGGGGGUCGCGCAGAUCUACUAGACCUGGGUCCAGGGAGUCCCAGCGAUGGGCUGAGCCUGGCCUCGCCCAGCUGGGGUGCCCCAGAGGAGCCGCGAAUCGAAAUGCUUCAUGGAACCACCACCCUGGCCUUCAAGUUUCGCCAUGGAGUCAUUGUUGCAGCUGACUCCCGGGCCACUGCGGGUGCCUACAUCGCUUCCCAGACGGUGAAGAAGGUGAUAGAGAUCAACCCCUACCUUCUGGGCACCAUGGCUGGAGGUGCAGCAGAUUGCAGUUUCUGGGAGCGGCUGUUGGCUCGGCAAUGUCGAAUCUAUGAGCUUCGAAAUAAGGAGCGUAUUUCUGUAGCAGCGGCCUCCAAGCUGCUUGCCAACAUGGUCUAUCAGUACAAAGGCAUGGGGCUGUCCAUGGGCACCAUGAUCUGUGGCUGGGAUAAGAGAGGCCCUGGCCUCUACUAUGUGGACAGUGAAGGGAACCGGAUCUCCGGGGUCGCCUUCUCUGUAGGUUCUGGCUCUGUGUACGCUUACGGGGUCAUGGAUCGAGGUUACUCUUAUGACCUAGAAGUGGAGGAGGCCUAUGACCUGGCCCGUCGAGCCAUCUACCAAGCCACCUACCGAGAUGCCUACUCUGGAGGUUCGGUCAACCUCUACCAUGUGCGCGAGGAUGGCUGGAUCCGGGUCUCCAGUGACAAUGUAGCUGAUCUGCAUGACAAGUUCAGCGAGUCUGUCCCCUGAAGGAGGGUGGAUGUGGCUGCUGCGUUUCUUGGGGUGCCUGUCAUUGGUAAUAAUAUAGCACCCCAUCCUAUAGGGGAAGAAACCUCAGCUGUCUCAGUACCUUUUUUUAAAGAUCUGGAACACCGACCUCUAUAGUUACCAGUUGUUAACGAGCUGCUGCAGAAGUGACCAAUUGUUUUACUUUCUUGGCUGUUAACAUUACACUACUCACUACUCGA